AUGUCUAUCCAAAAGCGCCUUAUUAAGACCAAGAGGGCAGAACCGCCAAACAAAGCUAAGAUAUUCGCUAAGCUUGUCAUGGAGGAGAAACACCCUGAGGCUGAGAAACAACCUGAGGCUGAGAAACAACCUGAGGCUGAGAAACACCCUGAGGCUGAGAAACAACCUGAGGCUGAGAAACAACCUGAGGCUGAGAAACACCCUGAGGCUGAGAAACACCCUGAGGCUGAGAAACAACCUGAGGCUGAGAAACAACCUGAGGCUGAGAAACAACCUGAGGCUGAGAAACAACCUGAGGCUGAGAAACAACCUGAGGCUGAGAAACACCCUGAGGCUGAGAAACAACCUGAGGCUGAGAAACACCCUGAGGCUGAGAAACACCCUGAGGCUCAGAAACAACCUGAGGCUCAGAAACACCCUGAGGCUGAGAAACACCCUGAGGCUGAGAAACACCCUGAGGCUGAGAAACACCCUGAGGCUGAGAAACACCCUGAGGCUAAAGAAGCAACGCUGGGCUUGUUACUAUUCGGACCAGUUAAAGAAGUGCACGACUCGAUAUAA